AUGGCAUCAUUUCGAGAACCAGGCUCACUCAGACUUGAGAAAUUAGAAGAUCUUUUUUCAACACAAUCUAACUUUUACUCAAUUGAAUCAUUCUUGGAUGCAUUAAUUUGUCUUUUUGAUGAGUGUUGUAACUCAACAAUUAGAAAAGAAAAGUCUGUAACAGAGUUUGUAGAAAAUACUAAACCUAUUAUUAACAAAGUAAAAUCAUUAAGAUUAUGUCGAGAUGAUUUUGAAGUUCUCAAAGUCAUUGGUAAAGGUGCAUUCGGUGAGGUUGCUGUUGUCAAAAUGAAAAAUACCGAUAAUGUAUAUGCUAUGAAAAUAUUAAAUAAAUGGGAAAUGUUAAAGAGAGCUGAAACGGCCUGUUUUAAAGAAGAAAGAGAUGUUAUGGUUCACGGUGAUAGAAAAUGGAUUACUAAUUUACAUUUUGCAUUUCAAGAUGAAAAAAAUUUAUAUUUAAUUAUGGAUUAUUAUGUUGGUGGUGAUUUAUUGACAUUAUUGUCAAAAUUUGAGAUACGCCUUCCUGAGGAUAUGGCACAAUUUUAUAUAGCUGAGAUGGUUCUUGCUAUUGAUGCUGUUCAUAAUUUAGGUUAUGUUCAUAGAGAUAUCAAACCAGAUAAUGUUUUGAUGGAUAUUAAUGGACAUAUAAAAUUAGCUGAUUUUGGGUCAUGCCUUAAACUUCAGAGUGAUGGUUAUGUUCAUUCUAAUGUUGCUGUUGGUACACCAGAUUAUAUUUCACCAGAAUUAUUACGUGCAAUGGAAGAUGGUCAGGGAAGAUAUGGAGCAGAAUGUGAUUGGUGGAGUUUAGGUGUUUGUAUGUAUGAAAUGUUAUAUGGUGAAACUCCAUUUUAUGCUGAAAGUCUUGUUGAAACAUAUGGUAAAAUUAUGAGUCAUCAAGAAUUUUUAGAUUUCCCUGAUGAUAUAGAAGUAUCUGAAGCUGCAAUUGAUUUAAUAAAACGUUUAAUAUGUCAAAGAGAAGAAAGAUUAGGAAGUAGAGGUUUAGAAGAUUUUCGUCAUCAUCCUUUUUUUGCUGGAAUAAAUUGGGAAACUUUAAGAGAUUCUGAUGCUCCUUAUAAACCUGAAGUUUCCUCACCAACUGAUACUUCAAAUUUUGAUGUUGAUGUUUGUUCACCUGAUUUUACACCAUGUAAUACAAAACCACCAAAUGUUAAUGCAGCUUUUACUGGGCAUCAUUUACCAUUUAUUGGAUUUACAUAUACUCAUGGAAGUUGCCUUUCAGAUAAUAAAAAAGCUAUUAAAAAUAGAGAUAAUGAUAGUGCUGAAGCAAAAAUUGAAAGAUUAGAAAAAGAGAAAGCAGAAUUGUUAAAAAAAUUAAUGUGUUAUACGACAAAUUCAAGUCAAGGAACAUCUUUACCACCAACAGAUCCAAUUUCAUCAUCAAAUACUAAUGUAGAUGCAUAUGAAAAAAUGAUUGCACAGUUAAAGGAUGAGGUACAAAUAUUAAGGAAACGCCUUGCUGAUGAAUCAUUAAAUUCCUCAAAAAUGACAAAAGAUGUAAAUGUUGAAGAGUUAGAAGAAAAAAUAAAAGAAUUAAAAGAUAAAAAUAGAAAAUUAGUGAUGGAUAAGAGUGAUUUACAAAGAGAGUUAGAUGAGUUAUCAGAUCGUUUUCAUGUCCAAACAAAUGAAUGUAAAGAAGCAAUUAAACAUAGAGAAAUAGCUAAACAAGACUAUCAAGAGUUAAAUUCUAAUUUAAUCGAUGCAAAUAAAGCUAUUCUUAAAGCAGAAACUUCUCUAAAAGAGAAGCAAUCUGAAUGUCAUCAAUUGCAAGAGAAAUUUGAUACACUUAAAAGUGAGUUAAAAGCUAAUACUUUAGCUAUGAAAGAAAUGGAAGCAAAAUUAAAAAAAUGUGAGGGUGAACUUACUGAUAAGGUCAGUCUAAUUGAAACAUUACAAAACCAAUUAAAUUCAAUGGAUUCAAAAACAAAGAGUGAAGAAGUAAAUAUGUUGAAUGAUGAAAUUCAAAGGUUAACAAUUAAACAUUCUGAAGCAUUGAAAAAUGAAUCUGAAAAAUCUAAAGAAUCUAUUGAACAAUGGAAGACAUUGUAUGAAGAACAAAUGAGAGUCGUUGAAGAGAAAAAUGAAAUGAUUGAUAAGAUAAUGGAAGAUAAAGCUAAUCUUAUAAAAGAACAUCAAAAUCAUAUUGAAAGUAUUGAAAACUUAUAUGAAAGACAUAUUAAAAAGUUGAAUGAAGAUUUAACUGAUGCACUUAGUAAAAAUGAAGGUUUAAGAUUUGAUAUGGAACGUCUUGAAGAAUCAAAUCGAUCAACUUCUUAUAAUAAAAAAGAAGUUCAAGAACUUUUUAAUAAAGUUAAAGAUGAAUAUGAACAUAGAGAUUUAAUUGAAAAUUACGUUUCUCAUUUGACAUCAGAAAUGAAUGCAAUUACGGGAAAGAAUAGUAAUGAUUUAAUAUCUGGUGAUGAACAUUCAAAUGCACCAAAUACAACAUCAACAAUUGAUAGAGGUUGGGGUUCAAUAAGACUUCAACGUCAAGGUAAAAUAGCAAAACUAGAAGCUGAACAAUCAUUACAAGCUGAGAUACGUGAAAAACAGAGAUUAGCAACAGAAUUAAAACGUGCAAGAGAAGCAUUCCUUGUCUCUACAUCACAGAUUUCCGAUCUCGAAACACAAGUAGCAAAAAGUAAAAAAGAAAUUGAAGGUAAAGAAAAAGAAAAUGAAUCACUUAGAGCACAAUUGCUUAAUUUAUCAAAGCAACUUAUUGGAGCAAAUGAAUUAAAUUCAAAUUAUCCAGGUAUGAGAUAUUCUUUUGAAAAUAAUCGUUCAAAUGUCAAUGGUUUUUAUGGAAUGCCAGCUGAUGCACCAAAUUAUGCAUUAAGUAAUUAUUGUAGACCAAUAUCUUCAAAUAGAGUUGAUUCAAGAUUAACAACUAACAGUUCUGUUCAUAAUUAUUGUAAUGCUGAAUUUGAUGUUAGUUGUAUAAGUAGUAAUUCAAGAUCUAAUAGAGAUAUAUUAAUAUCACCACCACCAAGAUUUAAAGAUUCUAAUAGUCAAUCAAAUAUUUCAAUUACCAAUUCAAGUAGUCCUCAAAUACCACAACAUAAAAGUCAUAGAUUUGUUAAUGUUUGUUUUAAAAUGCCAACAAAAUGUGGAUAUUGUACAACAAUUCUCGUUGGUUUAGAAAGACAAGGUAUAUUUUGUCAAGAUUGUCAAUAUUCUUGUCAUGUUUCAUGUGCUCAAAAAGGUCUUACACAAUGUCCUGUACCAAAAGAAGAAUUAAGACCACUUGGUAUUGAUCCACAAACUGGAAUUGGUACAGCAUAUGAAGGAUUAGUUAAAGUACCUAAACCUAAAGGUAUAAAAUCAGGUUGGCAGACGACAUAUGUUGUUGUUUGUGAUUUUAAAUUAUAUUUAUAUGAUUGUGUUCUUGAAAAAAAUAAAAUUAGUAGUAUUGAACCAUCUAUAAGAAGAGUUCUUGAUAUGAAAGAUCCAGAUUUUGCUGUAUCAAGUGUUGGUGAAAGUGAUGCUAUUCAUGCAAGUAGAAGUGAUAUUCCUAAAAUUUUUCGUAUUACAACAAGUCAAAUACAUGCAUGUCCUGGUAUUGAUGGUAGACAGAAUGGUCUUAAUACAACAGGAAGUACCGGUUCUAGUAAUAGUGGUAAUGCUUUAAUUGAUGCUUCAGGAUUGAGGCAAUAUAUUUUGGUGAUGGCUGAUACUGAAGAUGAAAAGAAAAAAUGGAUUACUGCUUUAAAUGAAUUAAAAAAUAUAUUAAAAAGAUCAAGAUUAGCUGAUAAAAGUGCUUUUAUUGUUAAAGAAAUUUGUGAUAUAACAUCAUUAGCUAUGUUACGUACAGUACAAUGUGGUACAAUAAUUGAUAAAAAUAGAAUUGUUAUGGGAUCUAGUGAGCAGGGUUUAUUAUGUAUUGAUUUAGAAUCAGAAACAUUUGUUCCAAUUGGUGGUGAAAAAGAAAAUCAUAAAAGAAAUGUUGAAAAAGUUGAAUAUAAUGAGGAGGAACAAUUAUUAAUUGUUAUGACAGGUCCAGCAAAAGAACGUUUCAUACGAUUAAUACCAGUAAUUGCUAUGGAUGGUAGAGAUUAUAAAUGGAUAAAAAUAUCAGAUACCAAAAAUUGUCAUGAUUUUUGUGUUGGAAAAGCUGGUUCAGCUAACUCACCAUAUCAUUGUAUUUGUGUUGCUAUAAAAAAAUCUGUUUUCUUAUAUCAAAUUGAUAGAUCAGAAAAAAGGCAUUCAAAAGUUAGGGAACUUGCUAUGCCUGGUGAACCACAAUGCCUUACUAUUCUUAAUGGUUGCCUUAUUGUUGGUGCCCCAAGUACAUUUAGAUGUUGGGAUUUAAUUACUAAUAAUCAAACAACAUUAGUUAAUUUAGAAGAUUCUUCAUUACAUUUUUUGAAUGAAACAACAAAUGCGGCAAAGACAGUUAUUGAUAUAAGUAGAAUUAAUAAUUCAAGAUCUACUUCUGAUAUCUCAUCAUCAAACUUAAAUGAUCAAAAAGAAUUUUUAUUAAUCUUCCAAAAAUUAGGUAUUUAUGUAGAUGGUAAUGGAAGAAGAUCACGAUCACAAGAAUUAAUGUUUCCAUCACCAGCAAUUAAUGGUUUCUCUUAUAUGGCACCAUAUUUAUGUGCAUUUGCUGAGAAUCAUGUUGAUAUAUUUAAUGUUAUUACUUGUGAAUGGGUACAAACUAUUAAUUUACGAAGUGCUUAUCCUUUGUGUAGUACAGGUGUCCUAACAACAUGUUUAGUUAGUGAUACACCAUAUCUAGUUUUAUUUUCAAGUUUAAUAAAUGAAGAAGAUCCUAUUAUUAUACCAUCAAAAUCAACAUUAACAGCAAAAAGUAUGGCUAAACGUAGAAGAAAAUUUUCAAUGAAAAAUAAGAAUGAUGAUAAUAAAGGAAGUUUAGAUAGAAAAUCUCAUUUAUUAAUUAGUGGACCAUCAAACUUUAUUCAUGUAUCACAUCUUGGACCUGGAUCUGGUCAAGAAAUACAACAUAUGAUGGAUGUUAAAGGGCAAUCUUCUUCAAAUACCGGUCAAAUAGGAAAUGUUUUAUUAACAAAUUCAGGUACCUCACAUGGAGCAAUUCAUUCAACAACAGAUAAAAUAAGAUCAUUAAUGCCUCCUAUCAUGAGAUCAACAACUUCCUCAACUAUAAGUUCUAACCAACAAAGUAGUUCAUUAAGAGAAAGUGAAAUAUUACAAAGAAGUAGACCAUUAAGUUCACAUAGUAAAAAUUCAGAUAACUCAAUUAACAAAGAUGGUAAACAAAUAAAUGUAGAAGAUGGCAAUGAUAGUUAUUAUUUGGAACCCAACCAAUCAUUUACAGGUGGUGGACAACCAAUUAGAAAAUCAGAUAUUGGUAUAACUCUUGAACCUCCAGCAAUAUCUCCACCACCACCACCGGUGCCAUCAACAAACGAUGGUCAAAAAUAA